UUCUGUAGCUGUCUGAUCUUCUGCAGAGGACAAGAAGAAAAAGUAGCAGGAAGAGGAAGGAGAGGAAAUUCGCGUGUCCACCGCGCCCUGUGUCCGCAGCCCUCCCGGCCCGUGGAGCAUCUGCCCCGCCGCAUCCCACAGGAUUUGUCAUUCCUAAGACUUGGCUGAAUGGAGGAGGAGGCUGUAAGGAAGACGCAGAUGCUCCAAGACAGCCAAGCAGGCUAUGAGCUGAAGGCAGAGAUCAAGGAGGAGAAAUCCCCCUGGCAGAACAUUGCGGAAGAGGCUGUUUUGAGUGCCUCCACAGUGCAGGAAGCCAAUGGGGAAGAGAAGCCCCAGAGAUCCCGCACAAGGAGGGGCUGCAAACGCACCCCAGGAUGCUCCAGGGAGGAGCAGGAAGGCAGCCAGAGCUUCAGCUGGAACUCAGAGCUGAUGAAGAAGCCUCAAGCUGGGGAGAAAUCCCACAAAUGCUUGGAAUGUGGGAAGGGCUUCAGCCGGAGCUUCCACCUCCUCCGCCACCGGAUGAUCCACACAGGGGAACGCCCCUAUGAAUGCUUGGAAUGUGGGAAGAGCUUCAGCAGGAGCUCCUGUCUGAUCCGCCAUCUGGUAAUUCACACAGGGGAACGGCCCUACAAGUGCAAGGAAUGUGGGAAAAGCUUCAAUGACCGCUCCAACCUCCUCACCCAUCAGCGCCUGCACUCCAAGGAACGGCCCUUUGAGUGUGGGGUGUGUGGGAAGAGCUUCAGCACCAGCUCUGACCUGAUCCAGCACCAGAAGAUCCACAGUGGAGAACGGCCCUAUGAGUGUCCUGAGUGUGCAAAGAGAUUUCGGACCAGCUCCCAUCUCCUCCUGCAUCAGCGCAUUCACACAGACGAGCGGCCCUUCCGCUGCCCUGACUGCGGGAAGGGCUUCAAACGCAACUCCCACCUCACCCUGCACCGGCGCACCCACACCGGGGAGAGGCCCUACGAGUGUGAGGAGUGUGGGAAAAGCUUCUCCAGCAGCUCUGGCUUGACCCAACACCAACAGUCCCACUUGUAAUGCAGGUCAUGCUGUGGAGGCCCAGGGGCCCAGCGUUGGAGCUGUAAUACCUCAGCCCUGGAAGGGCAAAGGUGACCAGGGUCAGAGAGAGACAACCCUCUGAAUACAAUGGUCUUAUCCAUAGGUGUUUGCAGGCUCGUGUUAAUGCAGCAGGCUUCGUUGGUAUCACCCGGUUCAACUGCCGUUUUUUCCUUAUAUGUACUCCCCCUAGAAUGAUCUCCUUUCUCUUGUCCCCUGUUGGUCCCGGUUUACUGCAAUGCUCUGCCCCUGUUGCCUCAUUGGUUCCCCAGGUGGCUGCCCCUCGUCUGUGUUGUUUGUACUCAGUUCCCAUUGGCCCUUGACCCUCAGAUCCGCCUCUUUCCCCCCCCAUGUAAAACCCUGUCCUCAGCCCUCUGUCCCUGAGCCCUCUUCAUUGCAAUUAACCAGGUUUGGAGCUCCAUACAGAGACCUAUCUCUGGCCUUGUUUGUCAGCAGUUUAAGCAAGCCUGCUCCGGGCUCUGGGAGUGCAGGUCGUUAACAGAGGCUCACUGUGGACACUCCGCAACACCCUGUGAAUGCCCUGACUGUGGGAAGAGCUUUGUCUGCUGCUCCAACUUCAUCACCCAUCAGAGGACCCACACUGGAUGAUUCACAGUGACCCUUACUGGGCUGAGACCGGUGAUCCAUGUUCCAGGUGGCCCAUGUACUGGUUUUGUGUGGCCAGGUUUUGGAAGUAGGGGUCUACAGGGAUGGCUUUUGUGAGAAGCUGCCAGAAAUUUGCCCGUGUCCAGCAAAGCCAGCACCAGCUUCUGGAUGGACCCGCAACUCGCCAACACCAAGCCCAUAGGAGAUGGCAGUGACACCCCAGGGAUAAUGGAUUCAAGAAGGGAAAAGUUCUUGUGCCGAUGGAAUUGGGUCCAGAGAAGAGCAGAGUGGGAACAUGUGAAAGGAACAGCUCUGCAGACACCCAGGGCAGUGCAGAAGGAGGGGCAGGAGCUGCUCCACGUGCCGGAGCUGAGAUUCUCCUGCAGCCGCUGGAGGAGCCUACGCUGGAACAAGGGGAUGCCCGAAAAGAAGGAUGUGAGCCCGUGGGAAGCCCAUGCUGGAGCAGCCUCCAUGCAGGGCCCUGUGGAUCCCUGGGCAGAGGAGCCCACACUGGAGCAGCUUUGCUGGAAGGACCUGAGGCCCUGUGAGGACCCACGCUGGGGCAGGGGAAGGACUCCUAAACUUCUCUCCCUGCGCAGCAGGAAGAGAAGCAAGGUGCGGAGGGCAGGGACAAAGCAGUUUUGGUGGCACCUUGCAUCCAGUCACGGUUAACCCGCUGGAGGGGAUUACAAGUGAGAGGCCUGUGAGAGUCCCCCGUUUGCCGGACAUCCCCCCUGGAGCAGGGUGCCCCACUUGCCGCAGCUCCAGCCCUCAGGCAGAGCUCAGCCGAGCAGAGCACUUGGUGCUGGUGACUCUGCAGUGUCCAGGCAGACCCGCAGUGCUCAGCCUCCUCACCUGGACUCCAGUGUGACCCCCACCCCCGGCGCUCCCUGCCAAGAGAAUUUGGGAAGGGAACACGUGGAGGGCGCCAGGAGCGGGCCCCCCAAGCUGUCUCCAAGGGGGCAGCUGAGGCAGGGGGAGUGCAGACGGGGGCCCGGCCCUGCCCAGGCACGGCUGAUGCUGCCCACGGGCCAAACUGCUCCCGACUGCUCCGGGCGGGCGCUCCCGGCGCAGCGCGGCUGCUUUGGGGCUGCAGCCCCUGCCCGGCGCUGCCGCAGGGCGAGGGGCGGCAGCUGCGGCCGCACUGGUGGCACUGCUGCUGCUGGCAGCGCCCCGGCUCUGGGUUGAGCAGGGAGGCAGGAGAGGGAACUGAAAGGUGUUUGAGAGGACGCAUAAGGGAAGGUGGGACAGUGGGAAAAGGGUUCCCAGUGGGCGACCCUUUGCAUUCCCCAUCACUUGAUCUCUGGAGCGAUUCCUUGGGGCUCCAUGGGGGAUGAGAUCCACACGGGGAGGGGCCCCAAUCCCCCUGUCCAUCCCUCAGGAGCAAAUGGGGGACUUCCCCUCACACAGCAGCUGGUGCUGCAGCGGCCACGUGGCAGAGUGGGGGCUGGAAAGGGGGAUCCAGAGUGUCCCCCUGAGCUUCCAACCUGAUGUAGGGUGGUGGGGGUAGGGGGGUGCAUCCCCCAACUUGCCUCCUUGCCCACACAGUGGUGUUCCUGUGGAUGGGAAAAGCCCGGUGUCACUUCCUGAACAGCCCUGAGCGGGUGAGGCUCAUGGAGAAGAACAUCUAUAACCUAAAGCAGCUCUAGCACUUCAACAGUGAUUUGAGCACUUUGAGGGGAUACCCCAUAUGGGAACACCCAGGCCCAGUACUGGAACACCCAACUGGAAUUACUGGAGAAGAGAUGGGCUCAGGUACUGCACUACAGGGACACAUACUCUUGGCAAAACUAUGAGAUCAUGACCCCAAUCACCUGGCAUGAGCAGCCCUGUUUUUGAGGAAAACAACCCCAAAUCUCCACAAAAAUCCCCAAAUCCUCCUGAUUAUCCCCCUAAAUCCCAAAUUCUCCUUGAAAUCAAAUUGAAAUAGUUGGGGGUUGAAGAUCUUUGUUUAAUUACUUUAUUUUAGCCCAAAUUUAAUCAGUUUGUAAGAGAUUAAAAUGGCUCAAAAGAAAACAAAGGUCCAAAUAGAAGGAUUUACAUAUUGGUCUCAGGUGAGUUUCUCUGUUGCUGGGUUGUUUGGGUGGGAAGAACCCUUUUUGGAGCCUUUGAUUUGAAUAGUUUGGUCUUUGCACCAAUCCAUCACCACUUGUCUGUGGAAGAUGCCUGUGGGCCAUAGAGAAUUAGAACAAUAAAAUUAAAAAGACCUCUUUGUUGCAAAAGACCUCAAAGAUCAUCCCAUUUUGCUUGAUGCCUCCUGAAGAAAUGCAUGGUGGCUGCUGGUGAUAUUUUUUGGGGUCUAAAGUCAACAAGACUGCUCUUCCCAAUGAAUUUCCAAUGUUGGCCUGCAUUCUAAUGGAUGUUCCUUCCUCUUCAUUCAUCAGGGUGCCUGUGGGGAACAAGGAGGAUAUGGACACCACUAGCCAGAUGUCUUCCCAAUGUGGAUCACUUGGAACAUGGGGCCAUUUCCCUGUGUGGAUCUUCUGAUGGCGGAUCAGGAUGGAGCUCUGAGUGAAGCUCUUCCCACGUUCCUUACACUCCUAUGGCCGUUUCCCCAUGUGCACCCAGUGGUGGAUGACGAGGUUGGAGCUGUUGCGGAAGCUCUUCCCACAUUCCAAGAAGCACUUGUAGCAUUUCUCUUUCCUGUGAAUAUGCUGCUGGAUGCCCAGGUCAGAGCUCUGGCUGAAGUUCUGGCCGCCUUCCCGGCACAAGCUCAGUGCCCAGGUAGGAAGGACAAGGAGAGGAUGGGAUUUUCCUCCAUGGCAGAGGGAAGGAGAAGGAAAUCCCCCAGCAGGACAGCAUCGGCAAUGGGGUUGUCCUGCAGCCCAGGCAGCUGCGACAGCGACCUCCCUGUGCUGGGGCCUCUGCGAGCUGUGAACUCUCCUGUUUGCUGCACUUGGGGCAUCCCCAAAUGAUGACGGGUCCUGGGCUGAGCCCCCCAACUCCUCCAGGCUCUGCCCUGCACCUGGUGGGAAGAUGCAAAGGCAACUGAAAGGAGAAUUCCACUGGAUUCCAGGGGAAUUCCCCACAGGGACCUCGUACAGACUCCUCCUGUCCAUAUGUGUGUGACACUGAAUAUGCCAUAGCAAAUGUCCUGGGAAUGCCGCUCUCCUGGAGUCGGAAGUACUUAAGGACGGGUUUCUGGUCUGCAUCUGGUUUUGGAGGUAUGUGUGAACACAGGAUGCCUGGUGACUUCUGGAGAUGGAUUUGGACAGGAGGAAACCCCAACCCAACACUGUCACGCCUUGUUACACAACAGUUCCAUGCCUUGUUUUUCCCCAAAACCAGGAUUUGUCAUUUCUAAGCCUUGGCUGGAUGGAGAAGGAGGCUGUAAGAAAGAGGAAGAUGUCCCAGCACACUGAGGCAGGCACUGAGCUGCAGGCAGAGACCAGGGAGGAGAAAUCUCCUGGCAGAACAUUGAGGAAGAGGCCAUUUUGAGCACCUCCGCAGCACAGGAAUCCAACAGGGAGGAAAAAUCCCAGAAAUAUCCCAUGAGGAAGGGCUCCAAAUCCAGCCCAGGGUGCUCUGAGGAGAAAAGACACACACUGUGCCAGGAAGGCAGCCAGAGCUUCAGCCAGAGCUCAGACUUGGGUGGUCUACAAGCAGCAUCAUAUUGAUGAGAAGCACUACAGGUGUACAGGUGCUUGGAAUGUGGGAAGAGCUUCAGGCAAAGAUCCUAUCUGAUCUGCCACCAGAAUAUUCACACCUAGGAACAGCCAUACAAGUGCCUGAAAUGUGGGAAGGACUUCAGUGACUGCUCCAACCUCGUCAUGCACCGGAGCCUGCACACUAGGGAGCAGCCCUACAAAUGCGGGGAACAGAGGAAGAGCUUCAGCUGGAGUUCCAACCUCCUCUCCCACCACCUUGUCCACACUGCAGAGCCCUACUAGUGCCCCAACUGCAGAAAUAGAUUCAGCUUCAGAUCCCGCUUGAUCUACCACCAGAAGAUCCACAGUGAGGAAUGGCCCUACAAGUAUCCUGAGUGUAGGAAGAGUUUUCGGAGGCGCUCCCAUCUGAUGGUCAUGCAUGAGCAAACACUGAGAGAGAGAGAGAGAGAGAGAGAGAGAGAGAGAGACCCUUCUGCUGCCCUGACUGUGGGAAGGGCUUCAAACACAACUCCACCCUCGUCACCCACCAGCACAUCCACACCAGGGAGAGGCCCUACAAGUGUCCUGAGUAUGGGAAGAGCUUCUCCUACAGCUCUGCCUUGAUUUCACACCAAUGGACCCAUGAGUAGGGGAAGCCCUACAAGUGCCCUGACUUCAGGAAGAGUUUUAUCCCCUGCUCCAACUUCAUCACCCACUAGAGGACCCAUGUUGCAUUAUCCACAGUGACCCAUAGUGUGCAAAAACAUGGUGAUCCACAUUCCUGGUGAUCCAUGGUGGGUGAAAACCUGGUGACCCGUGUUCCACAUGAUCCACAUUGGGAAGACACCUGGCUGGUGGUCUUCACCUCCUCCUGGUUCCCUGGGGCACCUGGAUGAACACAGGGGAAAGAACUUCUAUCAGGAUGGGGACUGACAUCGGAAAUUGAAGUACUGAGGCCUGAACAACAGGCCCUGCAUCAAAGCUGAUCUCUAGAUGAACCUUCCAACCAAACCUUAUAUGAUACUUGCAUCUGCUAAUUAGUGAAAUAUCAAUGAUCAUUAGUGAAACAUGUAAUGUGAUACAAGUGCUUUUAUCUUUCCAUAUUUAGGGGACAGUCAAAGCAAUGAAAUCAGGUGUUUUAAAGCAAUGAGGAGGAAUCAAAAGAAAAUUAAGGCCAAACCAAGAGUGUUUACAUGUUGGCAUUGUGAACUGACAGACCAGGGAGGACAAUCCCCGCAUCAGAACCUCGUGGAAGAGGCCAUUUUGAGUGACUCCAUGGCACAAGAAUACAAUGGGGAGGAGAAGCUGCAGUGGUAUCCCAUGAGGAGGGUCUCCAAACACAGCCCACAGUGCUCCAAGGAGGAAAGACCUAUCCUGUGUCAGGAAGGUGGCCAAAGCUUCAUCCAGAGCUCUGACCUGGUGGUCCUUGAGUGGUUUCACAUUGGAGAGAUCUGCUACAGGUGCUUGGAACACGGCAGGAGCUUCAGAUGGAGCCGGAAGAUCCACAUGGAGGAACAGCCCUAGAAGUGCUUGGAAUGUGGGAAGAGCUUCAGCCACGGCUCCUGUCUGAUCUGCCAUCAGGUAAUUCACAGGGGAUAAUGGCCCUGCAGGUGUAGGGAAUGUGUGCAGAGCUUUAGUGACCACUCUAACCUCAUCAGCCACCAGCGCCUGCACUCCAGGGAAUGGCUGUACAAGUGUGGGGAGUGAGGGAGGAACUUCAGCCAGAGCUCCCACCUGAUUCACCACCAGAAUAUCCACACGGGGGAAUGGCCCUACAAGUGUCCUGAGUGUGGGAAAACUUCACCCAGAGCUCUACCUUGACCUUACACCAAUGGAUUCUCUGGAAGGGGAACCCCUGUGAGUGCCCCAAGUAUGGGAAGGGCUUCAAACACUGCUCCAACUCCAUCACCCACUGCAGGACCUACGUUGGAUGAUCCACAGUGAGCCCCGCUGGGCAGACCUAGUGAAUCAUGUUCCUGGCAAUCCAUGUUGGGCAUUGUAUUGGGUUUGGGUGAUCAGGUGUUGGAAACAGGGGUGCUCCACGGGUGGCUUCUGUGAGGAGCUUCCAGAAGCUUCCCCUAUGUCUUCCAACAGUGGCUCCUGUUCUGAUCCACUCCUGAAGGCGAGGGUAACCAAUGUUCUGGUUCAUGGAUGCCCUGGCACAGAUUAAUGUGAAACAACAGUGAUUGAUCUGUGUUUAUAAAUAUAUCUCUGUUGGGUUUAUUUUAGAACAAUUUCUUUGCCAUGUAAAGCAGUUUUUGAACCCUUUUGGUUACCAUCUCUAUCAUUACAAUAACACUUUGGAAAACUUAUAAGGGAAAAGAAAGUAAGUAUAAAAGUAGAAAGAUACACAGGCACCAGACCUGGAUCCAGCAAUAAAAAUAGACUGUUGCAA